UACGUACCAGGAGUUAUGGAAACAACCUCUCAUCUGCAACUAUAUGUGAGUCUGGAGAACCUGGACCCGGAGGAGAUGGAGAAGGUUCUGGGAGUUGCGCUGGGCGUCCGGCGAGUGGGCAGGAACCCCAUCACUCAGGAGGGCUCCUUGUCUUCCCUCACGGAGGAGGAGGCAGGGUCCGAUCUGCAGCACUACUCCGUAUUGGAGGAACAGUCCAACCAGCUGCAGGGCUGCAGUGCGUCGGCCCCAACCCUCAGUGUGGUUCGUCGCAGAAACCCUCCCAGCACGGGCCCCCAACCAGGCUCCAACUGCUACGAGACUUUACCCUACAGUCAAAUUGGAGGAUCCACACAGAGUGUGGAUAGGGACCUGGGUCUUCUGCUCUGGGGGAGAGAGGGAAGCUGGACUGAGGUCACGAGAGACGAGGCCCAGGAGCAGGUGACAGGCGGCCCUUUUGUGCGCACCUUCAGUUUCCUACGCAAGAUGGCCGGCAACCGCAAGAAUAAGGAGAAGGAACGCAUGAGGGAGAGGGAGAAGGAGGCGCGGGACAGGGAGGCGCGCUACAGCAACGGUCAUCUCUUCACCUCCCUCACCGUGUCGGGGACCACCCUCUGUUCAGCAUGCAACAAGAGCAUCACUGCCAAGGAGGCCCUCAGCUGCCCCACCUGCAGUGUAACUAUCCACAACCGCUGUCGAGACACGUUGCCAAACUGUGCCAAAAUGAAACAGAGGCAACAGAAGAUGGCUCUCAUGAGGAACAACUCAGCUCUGCAGAAUGUGACCCUUCGUACCAAAACCCCCAUGAUGAGGGAACGCCCCAGCUCCGCCAUCUACCACUCUGACAAUCUCCGCCAAUCCUUGCUGGGCUCGCGCCGCGGACGCUCCGGCCUUUCCCUCUCCAAGAGUGUCUCCACCAAUAACAUUGCAGGGAACCUGAAUGAUGACUCUCCCUUGGGGCUGCGCAGGAUCCUGUCCCAGUCCACAGACUCGCUCAACUUCAGGAACAGAGCUAUGUCCAUGGAGUCGCUCAACGACGAGGGAGAAGUGUACUACGCCUCCAUGCUGGAGGAAAUGGAGAUUGAGGGGCGGGAUUUUGAGGCGGACUCAUGGAGCAUGGCGGUGGACUCGGGCUACCUGCAGACGCAUCGCAAAGACAUCAUCAAGAGGCAGGACGUCAUCUAUGAGCUGAUCCAGACAGAGCUGCACCACGUGCGGACACUUCGCAUUAUGGAGCGGGUAUUCCGCCAGGGCAUGCUGGAGGAGGUGCAGCUGGAGCCGGGCGUGGUGCACGCCAUCUUCCCCUGCCUGGACCGCCUCACUGGCAUCCAUGUACGCUUCCUGGCACAGCUGCUCACACGGCGCAACCACAGCCUGCAGACUGGCAGCACCUACAACUUCACUAUCCACCAGCUGGGAGAUGUGCUGCUGGAACAGUUCUCGGGCCAGUGUGCUGACGAGAUGAGAAAGACCUACGCUGAGUUCUGCAGCCGCCACCUGAAGGCUGUCAAGCUGUACAAGGAGCUGCUGGCCAGAGACAAGAGGUUCCAGUACUUCAUACGGCGGGUGUGUCGGGGUCACCUGUUGCGUCGCCAUGGCGUCCAGGAGUGCAUCCUGUUGGUCACUCAACGCAUCACCAAGUACCCUGUCCUCAUCCAGCGUAUCCUUGACAACACCAAGGACAAUGAAGAGGAGGCCUCCUGUCUGACCCAGUCUCUGACCCAGAUCAGGGAGCUACUUAGCUCAGUGGACCAGCAGGUGAUGGAGCUGGAGCGGACUCAUCGGCUGCAGGAGAUCCGGGCCAGGCUGGACCCACGGGUCGAGGCCAAGGUGAGGGACGGGGGCCUGUUCAGGGGAGGAGAGUUGCUCCGCAGGAGACUCAUCCAUGAAGGAACGCUGCUCUGGAAGACCCCUGGGUCCAGGCUCAAAGAUGUGCAGGUCCUGCUGAUGACAGACAUCCUAGUGUUCCUACAGGAAAAAGACCAGAGGUUCAUCUUCCCUUGUCUAGACAAGUCUCCAGUCCUCUCCCUGCAGAACCUCAUGAUUAGGGAGAUAGCCAAUCAGGAGCGAGGGCUCUUUCUCAUCAGUGACUCCUCUCCUCCGGAGAUGUACGAGGUCCAUGCUGCCUCAAAAGAUGACAAGAACACCUGGAUACGCAUCAUACAGCACACUGUCAGCAGUUGUCCUUCCAGGGAAGAGUUCCCACUCAUAGAGACUGAAGACAAGGCCCUUCUGAGACGACUGAAAGCGGACAUCCAGCAGAAGGACCGGGAGGUGCUGGAGCUGCUCCAGGAGCGGGUCACAUUGUUCUCGGACCUGGCUGAGGUGACGGGGGGUCAGGAGGUCAUGCUGCCGGGUGGCCCCAACUCCCGGAACCUGUUCCGGGCCGACACGCCCCAUGCGCCACUCGGCGAGAGAUUUCUCACUGAUGCCAUCGCAGAGGUGGAUAGGCUGAGUGAGCUACUCCUGGGCUCCACCUUUGAAAUGCCUCUGCCCUUCAGUUUCAACGGUCACCCAAACCACACAGGGGCGCAAGUGAUCAACGGUCAGGAGGUGGUUGUCAAUGGAACACACGGGUCCCCAGCAGCAAAGGACCGGAAUGGGAAUCAGGCUGGAGAUAGGCCCUCAACUGAGGAAGCGUAUCAGAGGCUGGUCAACCUUAGUGCCUACCUUCAUGCCCUCCAGGGCACCGUGAUCAAGCAGGACUCCAUCCUGGAGCUCUGCCUGCGCUCUGAAGGCCCACCAGUUGACACCCCGACCACACCCACCGGACGGGUCUGGCACUCCCUGUCACGUGACGCGGGCAUGGCUGAGGCCAGCACGGGGGUGGCCAUCGGAGAGCUGGCCCUGCUCCAGAGGCAGCACAGCCUCCUGCAGGAGGAGCUCAGUAGGCUGCGGGGUACCGAGGGCCGCCUGAGGGAUAGCGAAAAGGCCCGCGCCCAGCUGGAGAGGCAGGUCCGCGACAUGAAGGCCCACAGUGCCACUAUGAUGGACAGUGUGGGAACUGCAGGCUCAGAGCAGGCUCCACCCCUUCGCAGAGCAAGUGAAACCAACGCAGAUACCCAAUUGGCCAGCCAGGAGUCAAUCGAGCAUUUGGAAGGGCAUCAUGAUGGCAGUGACCUGGAGGUGGAGGUGACGUCAGAUGAGGAGGAGGAGGAGGCCAAAGCAUCACCGCGCUCGGAGAGUCCCCAUGGUAACCAUGGUUGACAGAGGAAAAACAAUGAUUCCAAGCACCACCCUCCUUUUGAUGCUUCCAGUCUGUUAUUCAAACUCAAUCAGCAUGACAGAGUGAUCUCCAGCCUUGUCCUUGUCAACACUCACAUCUGUGUUAACGAGAGAAUCACUGACAUGAUGUCAGCUGGUCUUUUUGUGACAGGGCUGAAAUGCAGUGGAAAUGUUUUUUGGGGAGACUUUGUUCAAAUUAAUAUUUGUGUCAAAACUUUUGGCCACGACUGUAAACAUUUAGUAGACAAUGCACCAGAAUAUUAAAUAGCAUUUUAAAUGACUAAAACAUCACCCAUAACAUUCUUUCUGAUAAAAAGGCUGAAAAUUUGAGAAAAAAAAUCAUUUUUCUCAUGUCAAACUACCAGGAAGUCUGAAAAGACAGACUGAGUGGGCGGGGAGCUAGUAGGCUGAGCUCACCUUGACUGGCGGUUCUUUGAAAACGCCUAUGUCAAGCAACAUUAUCUCAAGCAAAUUUGUUUCUACACAAAACAACUCAAACAACAUUGAAAUUGCAUGCAACAUCCAAUCCUGUCAUACAUCUCAUCAUGGCUUCACAAAUGGAUUGUUUAUCCAACUGUUUGGUUAUUGUAAACAGCAUCAAUAUAGACAAAAUGUUGGAUGUAUAAUUUAGCUAGCUAGCCCAAAUGGAAUUCUUAGGGCUAUUUAACAAGCUAGCUAACUAGUUGAUUGGACAAUGCCAAGAGUGUGCAAAGCUGUCAUCAAGGGAAAUGGUGGCUAUUUGAAGAAUCUCAAAUAUAAAAUAUAUUUUGAUUUGUUUAACACUUUUUUAGUUACUACAUGAUUCCAUAUGUGUUAUUUCAUAGUUUUGAUGUCUUCACUAUUAUUCUACAAUGUAGAAAAUAGUACAAAUAAAGAAAAACCCUUGAAUGAG